UAAAAUAUGUAUUUAGUCCUACUGUAUAAUGUAGACUAAGACUGUAGUAGCGUCCGAGCUGCCUAGGCCUAGCUAUAGACAUAGAGUUGGUAUGGUCGAAGCGGCCGCGAGCCAAAGGUCUAUGUAAAAUGACUCUACACUGGGUAGAAACAUUGUUUCCUCCAACAUUCAAGUACAAUGAUCUUGGAGAAUUAUUAACGAAUGAUAAGCAGCUACAGGAGAUCAAGACCCACUAUGAACCAAGUAAAAUCUCAAGAACAACUGAGCCAAUAGAAAAUAUAUAUGAGAGAGUGCGAACAUCCUAUAAUAUUGAGUUAGAAUCCAGAAGGCAAAAAUGUAUACAAGUUGGGGAUCCACUUAGAAAAUUUGCAAAACAAAAAACUGUUGCAAGUGAAUCUUUAACAAUUACCGAACCUAGCAAAGAAGAUCCUUGUUUAUGGACAAAUCAUGAGAUGAACAUUUUACGAGAAGCCUAUCAGGUGUUAAAACAAGAGAAGAUGAAAACUGAAGAAGAGUUAAAAGUUAUAAAAAAGGCUUUUAAACGAAAGCAAGAAAAAGCAAAACAAUACCGCAAGGAGUUAGAAGAACAGCGUGAAAUUGUGAAAGGCUUACGUGAUGAAAACACGCACAUAGAAAUAGUGUGUAAACAUGUGAGCAAAGAUUUAAAGGCAGCUCAAUCCGUUGAGGUAUUCUUGCGUGAGGAUAUUGAAGACUUGAAAAAUCAGAAGCAUGCACAGCAAAAAAUAAUUGAAGGGUUACGUAAAGACUUAGCUGAGGAGAGAAGAAAACGUAAACAAAUUAGUAUUGAUCUCGAAGAGGUGAGACAUAAAUGCCAACAAGAAAGUGAACUGAAGGAAGAGAGUUUACGACUUGACUGUGAUAUACAUGUGAAGCGACUUUAUAAAGUCAUUAUAGAGUUAGAAUUGGCAUUGGAAAAAGAGAAAAAUGAACAUGUGAUCAGUAAAAAGGGACUUGACCACUUGAGGUCACACUUUGCAGGCUUGGUGGACCACAAAAGUGAGGCUAACAUUGAUGAGUUGAAGAACUUUAGUCCAUACUGAAUUUAUUUCACUAUUCACCAUUGUUACUUAAAUGUUAUCUAAAAAUUCUGAUAAAAACCUAGGCCAGUAACCCACUGGUGGCAGCAUAGUUUUGGGCAGGUAGGCCAACCCUCCUGUAGGCUCACCAAUAAUUUGCUAAACAAUUGUUUGAAUAUUGCUUUUGACAAAACAACACAGGCUUAUUUGGGCAAGGCAUGGAUCACCAGUUGGCUGUUGGUUAUCUCGUGCUUGGCGAUUUUGGUCUGAAAGUAAUGUAGGAAUUAUAAAGUCUCCCAGAAUGUAAAAAACAUUAAGUUUUCUAGGGCACCUUAUCAAAGGCCCUCGCUCCGCUUGUAAUUGUUUAUGGGGCCCACCAAACAUUCAAACUAUGCUGCCUUUGUAGUAUUUCUUUAAUAUUUAGGCCUAUGUGUGGGUUAUAAUUACAGUAUGGAUGCCUUUAUACAUGUAUAGUAUAUGGUCUCUUUGUAUACAUUCAGUACUUAUGUUAAAAAUACAUAGAACAAAUUCACCUAGCACUGACCUUAGCUGGGUCAAUGCUGCUAAAAAUGGUUUUAUUCACAGACUCUCCCAUAACUACUGUAUAAUACCAUUACAUGUAAUGAUACUACUAUUGACAUAUUUUUUAACUGUAUUUCCAUGUUUAAAUCCAAAGUUUUUAAUUCAGUAUAGGCCUUCUUUCAGUUAAGCUAGGAACUCUCAAUAUUGUUGAUUUGUUACCUUGAUUGUUAUUGUUUUAUUUUGUAUUUUACUAUAUUUUUACAUAUUUUAAGACAUCCUGUAAUUGGCAAUUCCGCUGUUGGAUGUAAUUGAAAUAAAGUAAAUAAUAAAAUAAAGUAUAUGAUAAUCCUAACACUUCCUGUAUUGGCAAUUCACACAUUAAUAUUAAUAAUACUGUAGUACAAACUACAAGUAAAAUAUUGUUUAUAAUUAUUAUAAAUUUAAAAGAAAUCACUAAUGGUAGACAUUUUCUGUUUUACAUAGGCAUUAAUGUAGAAGCAAACAUGUUGAUUUCACUCAAUUCUGGGCCUAUCAUUUAAUUCCAAUUUUAUAGUAAUAUAAUAUUAUAUAUGAAGUGACAAAUUACUUGUGGCACUUUGAUUUUUCCUUAAUCUUUACUGCCCUCUAGGGUAAGGGUCCUACAUUGGGAGAAGCCACCUUAAUGAUAUGGUUAAAUGUGUUUUGUUACCACACCUAAUUAUAAUAAUGUACUGCAUGUUGUAAUACCGCACAUACAUUUGCAGGAAAUAGGUUAGUAGCCAGGGGAUUUUUGCUUGCACAAAAAAGUAUGCGACACAAUCCCGAUUUCCAAGGGACUUCCACAAUUCUCGGAAGACUUGGGACACCUGUUAUGGCUAUUUCUGAUGUUGCAGGUCAACAGAACAAAUUAUUAUUAUUUAAAAUGUACAGUAUGCAAUUUUCAAAAUAAAGUUAUUCAAAAUACCUGUAUUAUUUA